AUGAAACACGAUUGUCCAAAAGGAAACAGAGGAGAUGUCACUGUGGUUAUUUGUCCGUUUUGUGCUACAGCAGUUCGGUUAAACCCUGACGAAGUUCCAAACGUGGCUUGGGAGGAACAUGUUAAUUCAGUUUGUGAUUACUCAAACGACGAAAAAGCUGUUAAGAAGAAGAAGAUAUGCCCUGUUCCAAGUUGUUCUGGACCGAAGAAACCUUCAGAUUCGAGUGAAAACACAAAAGUAGCUCCAAGUGCUCCAGCAUCAUCAUCGUCAUCAUCUUCAAGAUCGUCUAGUCUUUUGGCUUCAUUGGAAGCAGGUAUUAGAAAGAAAAGAUUGAAUACGACCAGGGUACGUGGAGAUUCUAGAUUGAAUCGGACCAGGGUAGAAAGAAGAGAGAUUAGUCAGGAAGAAGUAGCAGCAGCAAAUUUGAAGGAUGCGUAUCUCAAAGCUUACCACAGCGCUCUAAUGAAGCAGAAGUUAAAAGCUCAAUAA